AUGGGGGACGAGAUGGAGGCGGCGGCGUGGGCGUGGCGCGGCUGGGUGUCGUGGCGCGCGGCGGCCGUGCUGCUGUCAGCGUGGCUGGCGCUGCACGUGGCGGCGCGGGUGGCGGACGCGCUCUGGUGGCGGCCGCGUCGGCUGGAGGCGCACUUCGCGGCGCAGGGCGUCCGCGGGCCGCCGUACCGCUUCCUGCUGGGGUCGGUGAAGGAGAUGGUGGGGCUCAUGGUGGAGGCCUCCUCCAAGCCCAUGUCGCCGCCCACCUCCCACAACGCGCUCCCCCGCGUCCUCGCCUUCUACCACUACUGGCGGAAGAUCUACGGUCCGACGUUCUUGAUAUGGUUCGGGCCGACGCCGCGGCUGACGGUGGCGGAGCCGGAGCUGAUCCGGGAGAUCUUCCUGACCCGCGCCGACGCCUUCGACCGCUACGAGGCGCACCCCGUCGUGCGCCAGCUCGAGGGGGACGGCCUCGUCAGCCUCCACGGGGACAAGUGGGCGCUCCACCGCCGCGUCCUCGGCGACGCCUUCUACCCCGACAACCUCAACCGCCUGGUGCCGCAUGUCGGCAGGUCGGUGGCCGCGCUGGCGGAGAAGUGGCGGGAGAUGGCGGCGGCCGACGGCAGCGGCGAGGUGGAGGUGGACGUGGCGGAGUGGUUCCAGGAGGUGACGGAGGAGGCCAUCACGCGCGCCACCUUCGGCGGCAGCUACAACGACGGCCGCGUGGUGUUCGGCAUGCAGAGCCAGCUGAUGGCCUUCGCCUCCGAGGCGUUCCGCAAGGUGCUCGUCCCAGGCUACCGGUUCAUGCCGACCAAGAAGAACUGGCUGUCGUGGAAGCUGGACAGGGGUAUCCGGCGGAACCUGACCAGGCUCAUCGGCCGGCGCAGCGAGGAGGCCGCCGCCGCCAUGAAAGCCGCCGAGGGCGAGAAGGCCGACACCGGGAGCUUCCGCGACUUGCUCGGGCUGAUGAUCAAUGCCAGCCAGAGGACGACGCGGGCGCCGGCGGCGAAGGCGAUCCCGGUACAUGACAUGGUGGAGGAGUGCAAGACGCUCUUCUUCGCCGGGAAGCAGACGACGACCAACCUCCUGACGUGGGCCACCGUGCUGCUCGCCAUGCACCCGGAGUGGCAAGAGCGCGCCCGGCGCGAGGUCCUCGACGUGUGCGGCUCCGAUGACCCCUCCAAGGAGCACCUCCCCAGGCUGAAAACGCUGGGCAUGAUCAUCAACGAGACGCUCCGGCUGUACCCGCCGGCGGUGGCGACGAUCCGGCGCGCCAAGGCGGACGUGCGGCUGUCGGACGGGUGCAUGAUCCCGCGCGACAUGGAGCUGCUCAUCCCGAUCAUGGCCAUCCACCACGACGCGCGGCACUGGGGCCAGGACGCGGCGCAGUUCAACCCGGCGCGGUUCGCCGGCGGGGCGGCGAGGGCGGCGAAGCACCCGCUGGCCUUCAUACCCUUCGGGCUCGGGGCCCGGAUGUGCGUGGGGCAGAACCUGGCGCGCCUGGAGGCCAAGCUCACCAUGGCCGUCCUCCUGCGGCGGUUCCAGAUCCGGACGUCCCCCAACUACGUGCACGCGCCCACGGUGCUCAUGCUCCUCUACCCGCAGUACGGCGCGCCGCUGAUCUUCCGCCCGCUCGCAUCGCAGCCGUCGGCGGCGGACUCCACGACCUCCUCCUCCUGUCCCAGACCGGAAUUCUUGUGUCAAGACUGA